UUUGCUCCAAUACCGACCAGACCAAUUCCAUCCUAUCCAUCUCUUCACUCUAAUAUGUGUUGUUUUGUACCCUUGCUUUCAUUCAUCUCCCUAAAAUCAUACCCAUAUUUAUCAUCCCUCCUUACUAGGUUUUUCUUCCCUUUACACUUUUUUCUUUCCUGUCUUUGUGAACUUUAUCUUUCAGCUUUUUCUAUAGUUUAAUACUAACAAACACUACAUAUGUUCAUAUUUCUUGAUUUGGACACUUCAAUUCUAACUCAUCUUCUUCUUCUUUAGCUUCUUUCUUGAUUCUAUUUUUCCUUGAACCCUUGAUCUACCUCGUCGAUCCGCGAUUCCCGGCCAAAAACCUUAAAAGGACAAAACGAAAAAAUGUCUCUAGACAUAACAUAUUCGCCUUCCUCGGAACGUGUUUGCUAUGUCCACUGCAACUUCUGCAACACCAUGCUCGCGGUUAGCGUUCCAUGCAACAGCAUGAUGACAAUAGUAACAGUAAGGUGUGGACACUGUGCAAAUUUGCUUUCUGUUAAUAUUGGAUCUUUGCUUCAGUCUCUCCCCCUUCAAGAUCUACAGAAGCAGCAGAGACAACAGUCGUCAAUUAUUGAAGAUGCUAGUAAAGCUUGUGGGUCAUCCUCUUCUACCAAUUAUCACAGAUUUUCUGCCAUUGCUACUACUCCUGAAGAUGAUCAACCUAGAACCAUGCCUAUACGCCGUAAGCUCUCUUUCUCUCUCUCAAUUUCUUUUGAUCUUAUGUUAUAUAUAUAUUUCCUGUGUUUGCCUUGCCGCGCCAAUGUAACCCACCAACAUAUUUACCUACCAGCAUAGUCAGAUCCAGGAUUUAAUAUUUAUGGGUUCCUGCAACAAUCUCGAAUAAAUUUUCAAUAGUAACUGGGUUCACAUUCAAACAUUUAUAGAUAUUUAGUAAAUUUUUCGAACACAUUUACGCUGUUUGAACAAAAACUAUUGGGUUCACGUGAAUUCGUAGUUCGCAAGCCCUUGCCUACCGGACAUUAUUAAAUCUCACUGUAUUUUGAUGAUAAGAUUCCUAACUAAGUGAGACUUGAUUAGAAUGCAUGUCUUGUCCUACCGUUGGAAUUGAUAUGACGAAAGUCACAGAGACAGACACCUAGCUUAGUAGUAGUACUCUUUGUUUUGUAAUAUGAACGGAAUACCCCCAUUCUGAUAUUUUUCUUAAAGGAUGCUACACUUAUCUCUCACUAGUUAUCUAAAGGAAUCCGAGAGAGCUUAAUUAAAGGGUUUUGGAUUAUUCCAUCCAUAACCUUAAAGUUUCGGAUUCUUUCACAGUUGUCAAUAUAAAAAAAA